AUGCGAACGCACGAACAGCGUCGAUUUGAGAUCGCGGUGGUGGUGAAUCCUCAGCGGAUCGCGUUUGCACAGGCUGGAAGAAGUAGAGAGGAAGAAGAGGUGGUUGGGAGGGGGAUGAGAGGACUGGUGAGAGGCGAUGUGGGGGACCGGCCCCGUGCUUUCUCCCCAUCCCCGUGUUUCCCCCUUCCCUGUGCUUUCUCCCCUUCCCUGUGCUUUCUCCCCUUCCCCGUGUUUCCCUUUUCCCCUCCCCGCGCCUUCUCCCCAUCCCUCCCCCCGCUCCUUCCUCUUCUAGCUCGUCCCCCAUUCCCCCGUUUUCUGUUCAACCCCCCCCCCUUCGUUCUCCCCUCAUCUCCCCGCUCUCCCCUCAUCUCCCCCCUCUCCCCUCAUCUCCCCGCUCUCCCCCCAUUUCCCCCCUCUUCCCUCCGCUCACUGCGAUCACCGCUUAUUUCCCCGCGCUCACACCUUUCCCAGCACCCACCCUCCAUCUCCUCUCCCUCCCCACACAUCUCUCAUCCGCUUCCCCCAUCCAUGCCUCCUCGCUCAUUCGGCCUUCAUCCCCCCUCCAUCCACCUUGCGUUUUCCCUCGCCAUCCUCCCCUCAAUUCCUCCCAUCCAUUCACCCCUCAUUCCCCUCCCCCAUCCAUGCCCCUCUCCUCCUCCCAACCCCCAUCAGCUCACCCCCCAUCUCCCCACAUGCCCCUCCUUCGUUCACCCCUCGUUUCCCCCUUUUCCCCCGCAUGUCCCCCCCCCCUCCCUCCCUCUCCCUUGCUGCUCUGCUCUGCUCCCCGUCCACAGAAUCAUCCGUGCGUUCCGGGCAGAGGAGCAGAAGAUGGUCAACAAACUCAUGCAUGCGUUCCAAGCAGAGGAGCAGAGGAUGGUGAAGAAGGUGCUCGAGCUGCACAAGGCCAAGGAGAAGAUCGCCUCCAAGGUCCCCGCUUAA